GUCAGGGUCAGGCGCGAUCAGUGGCCCUGAGUCUUCCACUGCACCAUGAGCGUCUCUCUGCUGAGCCUCAGCAGCUUCCUAGGCGGCCUGUUCAGGCUCCUCCAAGGGGCCUCCCUGCUGGGCCUGCUGCUGCUGCUGCUCAAGGCAGCCCAGUUCUACCUGCACAGGCAGUGGCUGCUCAGAGCCCUCCAGCAGUUCCCGUCCCCUCCCUCGCACUGGCUCUAUGGGCACAACCGUGAGUUCCGAAAAAACCAGGAGCUACAACAGAUGCUGAAAUGGGUAGAGAAAUUCCCAAGUGCCUGUCCUCGUUGGCUAUUGGGGAGCAAGGUCUUUCUCCAUGUCUAUGACCCGGACUACAUGAAGGUGAUUCUGGGGAGAUCAGACCCAAAGGUCCAUGAUAUCCACAAAUUUGUAACCCCAUGGAUUGGGUAUGGUUUGGUGCUUUUGGAAGGUCAGACGUGGUUUCAACGCCGCAGGAUGCUGACCCCAGCCUUCCACUAUGGCAUCCUCAAACCCUACGUGAGGCUCAUGGCUGAUUCUGUCCAAGUGAUGCUGGACAAAUGGGAGAAACUUACUGACCAGGGCACUCCUCUGGAGAUCUUAGGACACAUGUCCAUGAUGACCUUGAACACCAUGAUGAAGUGUGCCUUCAGUUACCAGGACAGAGGCCAACUGGACAGGGAUUCCCAGUCCUACAUCCAGGCCAUCGGGGACAUGGGAAACCAAUUAUUUUCUCGUGUGACGAAUGUCUUUCAUUGGAAUGACAUCAUCUACAGGCUGACUCCUGCUGGCCAGCGGGCUCUACACAACUGCCAGAUUGCCCAUGAGCAUACAGACAGAGUGAUCCAGCUGAGGAAGGCUCAACUGCAGAAGGCUGGAGAGCUGGAGAAGAUCAGAGGGAGGAGGCACUUGGACUUCCUGGACAUCCUCCUUCUGGCCCAAGCAGAGAGUGGGAGCAGCUUGUCUGACCAGGACCUCCGUGCUGAAGUGGACACAUUCAUGUUUGGAGGCCAUGACACCACAGCUAGUGGCAUCUCCUGGAUCCUCUAUGCUCUGGCUACUCACCCAGAGCAUCAGCAGAAGUGCCGAGAGGAAAUCCAGAGCCUCCUGGGGGAUGGCACCUCCAUCUCCUGGGACCACCUAGACCAGAUGCCCUACACCACCAUGUGCAUCAAGGAGGCCCUGAGACUCUACCCUCCAGUACCUGUUGCUGGCAGAGAACUCAGCAAACCCAUCACCUUCCCUGAUGGGCGCUCCUUACCCAAAGGUAUCUCGGUCUCACUGUCCUUUUAUGCCCUUCACCACAACCCAGAGGUGUGGCCAAACCCAGAGGUGUUCGACCCUUCCCGCUUUGCACCAGGUUCUACUCGACACAGUCAUGCUUUCCUGCCCUUCUCAGCAGGGUCCAGGAACUGCAUUGGGAAACAAUUUGCCAUGAACGAGCUGAAGGUGGCCGUGGCCCUGACCCUGCUCCGCUUUGAGCUGCUGCCAGAUCCCUUCAGGGUCCCCAACCCAAUAGCACAGAUGGUGCUGAAGUCCAGCAAUGGGAUCCACCUGCAUCUCAAGAAGCUCAGCUCACCCUCAUGAGGACAACAGGCUCUGAAGACUUCCAAUUGCCGUGCUGUCCUCUUGUCCCCUGCUCUGGUCCACUGCCCACAUCCUGCUUGUACC